AUGUCUAACUCUUACGUGAGAAAAUUGCAGGUUAUUUGCAUGCAGCAAGAUAUGAAAUUGAUCGAGAUUAAAUGCCGUCUGUUCAUCCAGCUAAUGCUGGGAUUCUUCGCAUUAUCAGCAGGAUGCUUCAUCAUGUUUGCCAAACCAUAUGAUUUCUUCUUCAAGCAGAAAGCUGUAUUAUCAGAUGGAGGUGAAAUCUUCGAGAUGUGGAGGAAGCCGGAGGUGGAACUGUACACAAAGGUGUAUCUCUUCAACAUCACCAACGCUGACGAGUACAUGGCGGGCAUAGAUGAUAAAAUCAAGGUCCAAGAAGUUGGGCCUUACGUUUAUAGAGAAUCUCUGGAACAUAAAGUUACGAAAUUCAACGACAACGCGACCCUAUCAGCUAUCCCUAAGCACCCCCUAACAUGGGUAGAAGAACUGUCUGAAGGAAACCAGGAAAACGACACGCUGUAUCUACCCCAUAUUGCUUUGUUGAGCAUAGCCAACGUCGUUUCCCAGAAGGAUUUAUUCACCCGUUUUGGUCUAAACAACUUGAUAACUUUGACCAAUACCAAGCCGAUAGCCAAGAUGACAGCGCGUGAGUUCAUGAUGGGUUAUAAAUCAGAGCUGAUGACUUUGGGCAACACAUUCAUGCCUGGUUGGAUCUAUUUCGACAAGCUUGGCCUUAUUGAUCGGAUGUACGAUUUCGACGGCGAUUUCGAAACAGUCUUCACUGGGGCUGAUGAUGUAAGGAACUCAGGCCUGAUCGAUACCUACCGAGGGUCGACAGACCUGCCCCAGUGGGAAGGGAAGCAUUGCUCCAACGUGCAGUACGCAUCAGAUGGCACCAAAUUUCGAGGUGGUGUGACCAAGAAUGAAAGUAUACUGUUUUAUAGAAAGAGUCUGUGCAGAGCUGCUCCUUUGGAGACAAGCUUUCAGAGAGAAAAUACCAGUAAAAGAGGUUGGCAGGUCAUAACUGUGCGCUUCUCUCGUAGCUUUCUGCCUCGCAUAGUAAAACUGUGGAAUGAUCUGUCGUCGGCGAUACCAAUAGAUGAGGGUGUGAAGAGUGGACUGAAAGGAUACAAGUACACCUUCCCUGAAAACAUGCUGGACAACGGAAAAUAUAUCAAGGAAAACGAAUGCUUCUGCCGUCAUGGUAAAUGUCUGCCAGCUGGUCUGAUUGACGUCACAGACUGUUACUACGGAUUCCCCAUAGCUCUGUCAUAUCCUCACUUCUGGAAGGGCGAUGAAAUCCUCUCCAGCAAGGUUGAAGGUCUCACUCCGAACCCUGAGCAACAUGAGACUGCAUUCUGGAUUGAACCCGAGUCUGGUCUACCUCUGGACGUCAGCUCCAAGUUCCAGAUUAACAUGGCGCUUGGAGACAUCACCUCAAUCAAGAAUGCUGAACGUUUUGCGGAUAUGUACCUACCGCUGCUGUGGUUUGAUAUUACAAUGAAUUCCCUACCGCCAUCAAUGAAACAGCGCUUCGGGCUCUACCUAAAUAUCCUACCACUCGUAGAACAAGGAGCCAUGUACCUCCUCUUCAUCACCGGCGCCAUCUUCAUACUCUCAACCGUCUACAUCUUAACCUUCAAGAUCAUGUUCAGAAAACAAAAGCAUUUCGACCAGUGGAAAGAAAACGAAGGUGUCUACGCUCGUUGCGAAGUCCCUAUGAGUGACACUGAUCUAGAAUCAGACAACAAGCAUUCAAUUUUGAAAAAUCGUACCGAAAAAAUCAAAGAUUUGGGCACUAAGUUCAGUGAUCGCAUGUAUGAUACAGUCGGCAGUGUUAAAGACCGAGUUGUAGAAGAAUUGCAACAUGUCAAAAACGUCUUUGAUAGGAGAAGUUCGAAACAUGUCGAGACUGAUUUUAAAAAUGAUAAUAACCAAUAUACAGCGAUUAAACAAAGUGACAGUGAUUCUGAUGACUGCAAGUAUUUAGAAGUGCUUGAUGAUGGAUCAGGUCUGGUGCCAACUAAAUUUGAAACUGAACGGUCGGAGAAGUUAAAAGAAAUGGACUCGAAUGAAAGGAGGUAGAAGACUUCUUUGAAUUAUUUUUAUGGUUAUUAUAGACUUCUGUGUUGAUGCAUGACUAGAAAAAUCCUUCUAGCAAAUGGAUUUUUUAAUUCUCCGCUCUUGAGUGGGUGAAAAGGGUGUGUAUGGAAAAGAAGCGUUAAAAUAAGGUACGAAUUUAAAAUAUCUUUACUGCGAAUGUAAAGAUAAAAAAUCUUGCCAUGGUUACGACUGAUAUUUUUUUUAGUUUUAUCUUUUUAUUUUGUCGAAUUUUAUUUUGUGAAAUUUUAAUUGCAGUAUAAUUUUUCCUAUUAAAUAGUAAUGCUUUUUACGAUAACUGAAAGGGUAGGGUCGUUGAUAAUUUUCCAUAGUUUUAUAUCUGGGAGUUGGACAUUAAAUAACGUUCAGAUUAAUAGUAAUUAAUGAAAUAAUAGAUACCUAUUAUUACAACGAAUUAAUUUCGUUUUAAGAGAUAAUUAAGUAUCUAUUUAUUGCUCAACUUAAUUUGCCUAUUUUCUCUUAAUAUUAUGUCAAAAUAAUAAUGCAUUUUUAAUUUGUAUUGAAUGGUAUUUAUAUUAUUGUCUUAUUAAAUUAAAAUAAUACAUAGUCCCUACUUAAAAGAAUUCGUAAUUUGUAAUAAUUGCCAAAUAAUGAUGUCUCAUAAUACUUUUCAUUUUUCAACAAACAGUGGAGAUGCAUUUUUUGUAAUAUUGUGCAUUUAAAAUUGUCUCUUAUUAGAAAAAAGUACGCUGUAUUUAUUUUUCAUUAAUUAAUUAUUAUUAUUUUACGCCAGUGAAUGUCGAAAUAAAAAUAAAUAAGAUUUCAAAAAUAAUUAUAU